AUGAUUGCUCGCGUGACCUUUACUUCCAAGAAUUCCGAUGACGCGACUCACCUGACGUCACAUGCUGAGGCCUACUUGUCGGGCUGGAGCGCUGACGGAGGGAUCAACGCAGAUACGCAGCGCAGCGUGUACCACCUCAACGACCACGCCAAUGUCGAGGCACGGCUGUUUUUCCAAGGGCAUCUGGGUGCAUUCAUGACCGAGAGGCAGAAACCACCCAAGAAAAUCCCCGCCGGUUCCGCCGAGGAGAUACUCAACAGAAUCAACUCGUGGGCUGACAAGUUUGAGAAAACCGCCUGCCUGCACACAUACCAAUACGCGCCCUACCUCGAUCGUUACGAAACAGUCCCCGGCUUCCGGGACUUGCCUGACAGUCCGCAGCCUCCCAACUACGCCGGCGCGAUUGCAUGGUCUCUCGAGGUUCUGACCAUGAUGGUCAAGAUUACAGAGCAAAAGGACUUUGUACAGAAACUCCCGAGCAUAAGCGAAGCCGACCAAGAAAAGAACAGGGUUGGCGUGUACGACGUGGAAGAACGAGUCAGAACCUGGGCGGAAUAUGUUGCCGCGAACCCGACCACGGCAAAGAAGACAGCACAAGACCUUCUCCAAAAGCUGCGCGUUCACUUCAAGAAGUACGCCGACUUGCUGCGCGAAAAUGGCAUCUUUAACAAGUUCAGUGUCACGGAGAAGCACAAGAUGGUCAAAGGCUUAACUGUCAAGUACGGUGAACGACCUCGUGAUGCGGUGACUGAACUCCUAGACGACUCGGAUGACACGAAUCACGACUUUUACGGCCCAUCUGUUUACCUUGUCCCAGAGUACACUUACGACCUCGAAGAGGCGUGCACCUCUUUUACGGCCAUAGUCGACGACAACGAACACGAGGGUCUCCAAAAUCUCUCCGAGGGCACCAUGGCCCGCUACCGGUAUUUUAAGUGUGAGAAGGCUCCGAACAAGGAGAAGAUUAGGCAUGUGAUGCUCUUUAGGGGACAGAUAGGAGAAGAACAGCAGAAUGGCCUCAUGCUUUUCGGAUUUAACGGCUGGACAGGCGAUAUAAAUGACGGCCGUUUUCUUGCGACUGGCAGAGAUGAAUUGCGUCUCAUGUGGGCUUAUGACGAGUUGGAGAUUUACUGA